GCAAUGCUGCUAUAUAUCUGUUAACAUGGCACUUUCAGGUCAAAUUAUCUGGCAAAGUUUAUCGUCCAAGCCAGAUUUUAGGAGUCGCCAAAGCAUUCCGCUAUUGAAAACUCCGAAUGCAAAAAUCACCAAACUAAAUGAACAAAAACUCAAAAUAGGAAGUACCAGGAGCAGACAGAGGUCCUUGAUCGCGCAUUCAAUGGUCAAUCCUGAAAUUGACAAACGUUCACUUUCACCAUCCAACACAAUCGAAACAUUCUACGCUAGCAUAAAUAACAAGGACCUGAACCAACUGUCCUUGCUCAUAUCUGAAGAUUGUUUCUUUGAUGAUUUCUCAUUCCCUCAAUCAUUUCAAGGGAGAAAGGAGGCUUUAAAAUUUCUGGAACAACUAACCACGAGCAUGUGCCAAGACGCAGAAUUAAGCAUAGAUAACAUUUAUGAAGGUGUUGAUCUUACAGCAAUAGUAAAAUGGCAUUUAGAGUGGAAGAAGAAAGAAGUUCCCUUCACAAGAGGUUGCAGUUACUAUGAAUUAUCAAGAGAUGGAGAACAACUACUCAUUAAGAAUGCUCAAGUUAUUUCAGAAUCAUCUAUGAUACCAAGAAUUUUGGCGGUGUUCAAUAUGGUAACUUCAGUAUUUGACGACGUCCCUAAGGCUGCAAGGAGGUUUCUAAAGAACCACCAAGAUAGAGUUCAAAUGUUACUAAACGUUUGCAGGAAUGCUCAAGUUAUUUCAGAAUCAUCUUUGCUACCAAGAAUUUUGGUGGUGUUCAAUAUGGUAACUUCAGUAUUUGACGACUUUCCUGAGGCUGCUAGGAGGUUUCUAAAGAACCACCAAGAUACAGUUCAAAUGUUACUAAGUACUUACAAGAUUGUUCUGCAACCAUUCAUCAGUCCAAUUCUUGCAUGGUACAAAAAGUUGUGGACAUUAGCAAUCACCUUUGUUGGACUCACAAACAAGUUAGUGCAGUUCAUUAUGAAGAAUUUCAAAGAGUAGAACAGAGUCCCAGAGAAAAUCCUAAGCGCGGUACAGUACUACAUACAUGCCAUAGCUAAUUGAUCUAACCAAAUUCCCCAAGAACCCCAGUUUGAGAAUUUUGGCUAUUCUUAAGCUUGUGGGUAUGAAUUGUUCAGCGCAUAGGUGACACUAACGAGUGAUUUGAAUGCGUGAUUUACUUGUGACACCAAAUUCACAAAUUCAGGAUUUUGUCAUGGAAUUCGACCCGUCGAACUUGAAACUUUUUACAAUACUUCCUCUAUUCCAAUUUAUGUGAAACUUUUCCUUUUGUAGUCGGUCUAGAAAGAACGACAAAUUUCUGUAUUCAGUAACUACUUAGCUUUAAACUUUCUAUUUUACUUUAAUAAGUUAA